AUGAACGCCUUCCGCAAAGCCCUCUCCGUCCAUUUUCGCGACAGUGCCACAAGCAUCUACAGUCGGCCUGCUGACCCUGCACAAGAUGCCGAGCUGAUUGCAAUGACACCGGUUGCUCCGCCACUCCAAACUUCUUUCCCGGAAAUCAACUCACUCGAUCACCAAAUUGCCAUGGCGGGAGGGUCUACGAUGGCUGUGGAAGCGACGCGGCCCCGACUCAGGAUGUCGAAAAGAUCUCCCAAGACCACGCCUCGAGCACUGAAACAGCAAUGGCUGCAACAACGAAACCAGCAAGAGCGAGAGAAUGAUUUUUACACCGAUUGUUUCAAGAACUUCCAUCGACUCGUCGCGACCGUGAUGGACUCCACUCAGGAUCUGGCGCUGCAGUACCAAUUCAAGCCCGGAGCAAGUCCCGCUGGAGAUCCCCGCCUGAUCCGGACAAUCGUAUUGCUCCGAGCGGCUUUGGACAAAUCACGCACGGAAGAAGCGCAGGCGGAAACCGAAUGGAAACGACAGUGUGGGCUUUCGGAUAAGAAAGUUGCGACGAGAUGGCUAUGA